AUGUAUCAACUCGCCAUUCUCCAAACCCUCCUGGCUCUCAGUGCCCUCCCCUCCGUCUACGCCGCCAACUCUCCAGGCUGCGGUAACCAACCCAGCCUCACUAACGGCGUCCACCAAAUCAACGGCCGCGAAUACACCCUAAAGCUCCCCGACAACUAUGACCCAAGCAACCCAUACCAUCUUAUUUUCGGCCUUCACUGGCGCGGCGGGAAUAUGGACAACGUCGUGAACGGCGAGAGCAUCCAGCCCUGGUACGGCCUUGAGUCGCGUGCACAAGGUAGCGCCAUAUUCGUUGCCCCCAAUGGCCUAAACGCUGGCUGGGCCAACACCAACGGCGAGGAUACCGCUCUCAUCGACGCCAUUAUUGAACAAGUCGAGGCCGACCUGUGUAUCGACCAGGCCUCGCGCUUCGCGACAGGAUUCUCCUGGGGCGGCGGAAUGAGCUAUGCCCUUGCCUGUGCACGCGCUUCUGAGUUCAGGGCCGUGAGCGUGCUAAGCGGUGGCGUUAUCAGUGGGUGCGACGGGGGCAAUGAUCCCAUUGCAUACUUGGGGAUUCAUGGGAUCAACGAUCCCGUUCUUCCCUGGGAUGGAGGCGUCGAGCUGGCGGAGAAGUUCGUGGCAAAUAACCAGUGCCAGCCAGCCCAGAUCGGGCAGCCUGCGCCUGGAAGCGGUGAUUCCGUUCGCACAGACUUUACUGGUUGCUCCAGGCCGGUGUCGUUUAUUUCGUAUGAUGGUGGGCAUGAUGCGGCGCCGCUUGGUGUGCAGAGCUCGCUUGCGCCGGAUGCUACCUGGGAGUUCUUUAUGGCAGCUUAA